AUGCAAGACAUAGAAUCUCUCUUAUAUAAACGGCAAGAAAUAUCACCGAUGGCACCAAGAAUUCCAAAGGGCCCUGAAAGAUUCUCUCGAUAUUAUACAAUAAAAUUUGGUUCAGAAGAUGAAAGUAUUUCUAUCACUAAAAGUGGAAGAAAUCUCCAUAGAUCACUUAAGCAUGUUGAUCCUAUAGUAAGCUCCUAUGCAACUUCUCCAAAAUCAUAUAGAAUUAAAACUCCUUUCGUAAAAAAAUCCAUUGAAGAAGCAGAAAUUAAGUUUUCCCCAUUAAAUAGCAAGCAAAGUGUUAUUUUCAUAAAUAGAUGCUAUUUUCUCUUCUAAAUUAUAUUUUUUAUAAAUGAUUUAUUUAAUUUUCAAAUUAAUCUAAUAUAAUGAUAAAAUUCAAUAAUCCUUCUAUUGUUUUAUUUAAUUUUUUCAAAUUGCUAUAAAUUUUAAAUUUACAUAAAAAUAUUCAAUAAAAAACUUAUAAAUUAUACCCAAUUAAUCACAACAAAAAAUUUUUCAUUCUUAAAUGUGGCGUUAAGCCACCUGAUGAUUCCAAGACUAAUAUUUAUCGACAAAGAGGAAGAAGCAUAAAAUCAUCAAAAGCCAGACGCUCCACAGUUCAGCCUGAAAAAGAAGAAAACACAGCUAAUUUAAGAAAUUUAUCAAAUAUCAUCAAUGGGAUGAAAGAUAUGCUAGGAAAUAUGCCUAAUAUUUCUCAGAUUUUGCAUAAAUCUAAGGAUAUCUCAUCUAGAGCUAUAAAAAGCACAAAGAAGGCACGAAGAUCAGUCGCUCAACUAAAUGACUCACAUGACUCUUAUAAUAAUAAGUCACUUCAUGGGUCUGGCAAACUAUCCACAUCAUUUGUAAAUUCAAAAUUAAGCAAAAAGAUUAUGCAGAACCUCAAGUCAAGAUACUCCACUCAGAAGCCAAGAAGAAAAAAAUCUCCUAGCUCUCGAUCCGGGUCAAAAGGAAAAGCUUCUGUCGAUGUAGAAGCUCUACAGAACUAUUUUCUUGAUUUUCAUGCAAAAUCAAAAAUGUUGCUGGGGAACUUGGAACGAAAUGUCCUAGGUGAAAAUAAUAUUUGUAAGUAA